UCUGAGCAGUGCAAAAAUGCUACGAGCCAACCGAAGGAGUUGGUUGGGGCAGUCGUGUAGGGAAUAUCGAGGCAGUACGCUGAGCGGAGGUCCGAAACGUUACAAUCAAUGAGGGAAAAUAUGUCGGCUCGUUUGGGGGAGAGGAAAUUUCUGGAAAACCAAGGACUAGAAGUGGAAGCAAGGCCCAGUUUCUUUUUUUUUCAACCGUGUCUACAGCUGAGGCGCGAAUGGCACUAGGGGAGGGAUGGGCAGCUGUCCCUAGCUUGAUUGAUAGAUUCAAGUGGGCAGGUUUUUCUAUUACAAUUAAAGGGACAGAGUGAAAAAUACAACUGAGAUUGUAAAGCUAGCUAGCUAGCUACCGAAAGGCUACUGAGUUUGACGCAUAACAUCACAAUUGGGUACCGUUAGCGACCUAGCUAAAUUUCCUAGCUAUGUAGCUAACUGCUAACAACCCCAAUGCUAGAAACAAGUAAACGUUUGCUUGCUAGCUAGCUUACUAUAGCUCGCUAAAUAGCCAGCUAGCGAAUUCGACAGUCUUAGAAUUCUCGUUAAGAUUCACUUAGCUAGCUUGUUAAUGUUAGCGUCAGCGUUUUUGUUUCUUGCUAGCUAGUCUAUAUUUUAACAGAAAAACAUGGCGACGAGGAAACAGUAUGGUUGGCUGCAUUAUGUUAGCUAGCUGGCUAGUUUAGUUUAACGUUAGGUGUAAAAUGACCCAGCGGACGUAACAUUAACGUUAGCUAGUAGCUAAUGCUAGACGUUAAAUUGCUGCUCUGCAGAUGUAAUUUAACAUUGGUGUAGUUUAGCUAAUUUAGCUAGCUAGCUACCCGUAAAUUACACUAAUUGGUUUACUUGUAUCUAGCCCACGUUCGAUAGCUAGAUAACAAAUAUGUCGUGGACUGUUAGCGAGCUAUAUCCAGUACGCUAGAGAUUCCUAUGACGACAAGCGAACAGUUUAGAGUUAGGAUCCAGCUAACGUUACCUAGCUCGAUUUGUAAGGGCCGAAAACAUUAAAAGACCAUGACAUAUCCAAAUGUGUGUUGAAUGUACAAACUGGAAUAAUGUUAGUUCACGUUAAAUUGUAUGAAAAUUAACUAGCUAGCCAUCUGUUCUCGUGCAAACUCUUGGGGCCAGUUUCAAUGGACAGUUUAAUUGCACACAAAACUCAAUUUACCCCAGGGCUAAGAAUGAAUCCGUUGAAACCGUGGCUAGAUUAACAGUUACUGCCUGCGCGUUAGUGACAAUUUAACAUUAGCUAUGUAAUUUAACAUAGGCUAGAGCAGCCAACACCACUCGUCUAGGUGACGUUAGCGAACGUUUAGUUAGUUAAUUUAACGUUACCUGUCCUGACUUCAUCUCCCAAACAAAUUAAAUGAAUAUUAAAGUGUAUAUUGAAUUAAUACAACUUUGUUAUUUGUUAUUUGAAAAAUAAAACCAACCGUUAUACGUUGUCGGAGUGUUAUUAAAUAUGUCAUAAUAAAUCAGUCUUGGGUAUUUACUGGUUCAUGUGGUUGAGUGGCUUUUUAAAAAUCUGAUCACAAUUCAUAUUGUUAUACAAUUACACAUUUCUUCACAUUUCAUACACUUGCUAACUCUCUGGCCCCAUUAAAUUCUUCCCCCCACUUGUAUUGCCAGUAAGUAGAAUUUUGCAUUCUGCUAUAUAAAGAAAUGUUUACAAACUGCAACCAUUUAGAUACAGCUGUGUGUGUGUGUGUGUGUGUGAGAGACAAGCUCCCUAUCAUGAAUAUUUGGUGGAGCUUUAGUCUAUCCAGCGAAUACAGAGGGCCUAUUCCAUUUCAGGUCAGUAUCGAUUGGAAUUCACUCCAUUGAUUGACCCCAACCCAUAUACACACGUCCCUUCGUACUGUGACUGUUCUACACCAAAACCCAGAUGGUCUCUGUUCUAAAGAAAGCCCUCAUGCCUUUUGAAAUAAAUCCAAAUUAAGUUUCAUACGACACAUAUUCAGAAUGUUUCAAAGUAUUAGCAUUGCAAGUGAACAUCUGGAUGUGGAUCAGCAGGCUAUCACUGGUGCGUGUGUGAGCAUAUGCAUGUGUGUGUGUUCACAGGUCCGACCUUGUCACGCGUGUCUAUAAUGUGUCAGCGCUCACAGCAGUAACCACAAUGGCAGCUCCAUCAGUGUCCAUAGAUGAGUAUCAGGAGGGGAGCCAGAUGACAGUAGUCGCGCAGUCGGACACAGACCCCGAGCAGGGGUUCCCAGAGGGCGCCACAGCGGUGGCCCCCAGCCCCCCUCCUGCCGAAACGCAGACGCCCAUGGAUGCAGACAAGGAGUCCAUAUACAGGCACCCCCUGUUCCCUCUCCUGGCGCUGCUGUUUGAGAAGUGUGAGCAGUCCACGCAGGGCUCAGACUGCGUCACCUCGGCCAGCUUCGAUGUGGACAUUGAGAACUUUGUGCGCAGCCAGGAGAAGGAAGGCAAGGCCUUCUUCAGCGAUGACCCGGAUGUGGACAGCCUGAUGGUGAAGGCCAUCCAGGUGCUCCGGAUCCACCUGCUGGAGCUGGAGAAGGUGAGCGACCUGUGCAAAGACUUCUGCAGCCGUUACAUCGCCUGUCUGAAGACCAAGAUGAACAGUGAGACCCUGCUUAGUGGAGAACCGGGCAGCCCCUACUCACCAACACAGCCACAGACACAGACCUCCACCUCCUUUACUGGGACUCUGAGUCCCCAGGGAAUCAUGGUUCCUGCAUCUGCCCUCCAGCAAGGCAACGUCACCGUGACGACCGUUAACCCCACCCAGGUGGUGGCAGGUAUGUCUCCAUGGCAUACGACUCACACAGGCGGUACAGUGUAUCAGCCUGUCACAGUUGUGACUCCACAGGGACAGGUGGUGACCCAGGCCAUCUCCCCUGGGACGAUACGCAUCCAGAACACACAGCUUCAGCUGCAGCUGAAUCAGGACCUGAGCUUCUUUAACCAUGACGACAGCUCGUCCAAGAACAAGCGUGGAGUCCUGCCCAAACAGGCCACCAACGUCAUGCGCUCCUGGCUGUUCCAGCACAUCGGGCACCCAUACCCCACUGAAGAUGAAAAAAAACAGAUUGCCACCCAGACAAACCUGACACUACUGCAGGUCAACAACUGGUUCAUUAACGCUCGGAGGAGGAUCCUCCAGCCCAUGCUGGAUGCCAGCUCCUCAGAGACGCCCAAAACCAAGAAGAAGACUCCUCAGAACCGGCCCCUGCAGCGCUUCUGGCCUGACUCCAUCGCCUCGGGCGUAUCCCAGCAACAGGUUGCCAUGGCUGACGGUACCAUGGUAACGGUGGAUGUGAGCGUUGACGGGCUGCAGACGCUGACGUCGGACGGAGCGACACUGGCAGUACAGCAGGUGAUGAUGGGGGGGCAGAGUGACGACGAAUCAGGCGACAGCAUCGAUGACGAGGAGGCGGAGCUAUCCAACGCUAACAUGACCGGGCUGGGCCUGGACACCAGCGACUCACUGCAGUAGAACUGUGACCUCACUAGUAUACACAAACACACACACACACACACUAUACACACACAAUACACACACACACACACACUAUACACUCACACACACUAUACACACACACACACUAUACACACACACACACACUAUACACACACACACACUAUACACACACACACUCACACUCACACACACACUCACACACUCACACACACACACACUGUGUCCUCACUAAUAUACACACACACACACUAUGUCCUCACUAGUAUAGACAAACACACACACACGCUCACACACUCACUCACACACACACACACACACACGCACACAGGCCGUUACACAGACACACGCACCCGUACACCCACUACAGAGAGCACAAGUGCAACAUGUUACACACACACGCACGCACGUACACUGAGCGCUUUGUGUGUCAGGAGUUUCAUUUCAGAAACUGUUUUAUAUGUAGUUGUAGAAGAGUGCACUUUUUUUUGUAUUAUAUGUUAAGAUACAAAAUAUGAAAAAAAAAAACUAAAGCAAGUGUUAAAAAAACAAAAAACAAAAAAAAACCUUCCCCCCCCCCUCCCUUUGGGAUGCCAAUACCUGUACUGAUGUUCUGCAGUUAGCAUGCCUGUGUUUGACUAGCUGUGCUCACGUGAACGAUGGACUUCAGGGCUUCAACUGCCCAGCCCGGGACACAAACACAAAAAAAGACAAAGCUAUUUUUAUAUAUGAACAUAAAAGAUGAGUGUCUCUUUUUUUGUUUCUGUUUGUUUUGUGAUGUUUUUGUAAGGAAUAUUUAUGUAUAGAUUCAUUAUUAAAGCGCUGCCCUUUUUAGGGUUUGGUGGCUUUUUCUAAAAAUGGAGGGAAAAAGAAAAGAGAGGCUAAUAAGCAUAUUGACCCAGAAAUCUGUUCUAACAUGAGCAAGCAACAAAAAAGGCCUUAUACCUCUUAAUUGUUUUGUAAGUAAAACUUAAACAAGCACAGGAAUCUUGAAUUGUAACCAGAUUGGAUUUUAGAAUGUUUGAAAAUGAACACGGUGAAGGAAAUGAAAUGGCUAUCCUUAGCUACCUUCUUGGGCAUUCCAUCCAAAAUCAGUCACUUUCUGACCUCACCAUUUUUAGACUUGAAUGAAGAUAUCUAUGUCUUCAGGUAGGGUGGGAGGACCAAUAUGGAGGGCCCCCGUUUCUUGAAUGGUGGGUCAUUCUGGUUCAAACCACAUUCUUAAAUUCUUACAUGUUUGUGUAUUUGUUGAAAUCUAAAAGUUUGAGGUCACUAAGUGAUUGAAUUUCUGACAAUGCCCUUUCUGUAUCUUAGCUAUGUGUUUUUUCCUGCUUCCUGGUCAUUGUCAUGGAAACAGUUCUGGGAGAGGGCUGCAGGGGGUGGUUUCAUUGUUGGAGAGGGUACAGUACGUACACUUGUACUGUACUUUACUGUACACGCACUGUACUUUACUGUACACUUGUACUGUACUUUACUGUACACGCACUGUACUUUACUGUACACUUGUACUGUACUUUACUGUACACGCACUGUACUUUACUGUACACUUGUACUGUACUUUACUGUACACGCACUGUACUUUUAUUUCCUCUGCUCUACCUUCUCAUGUCUCUGUACUGAGUACCUUAUCCAGUAAAAAAAAAAGAAGCCAAAAUUAUGUAAAAAGAGCAUCUGAAGGGCAAAAGAAGGUCAUAUAAGAAAGUACAGGUAUAUUUUGCACGUGGUAUACUUUAUUUGUAUACAUAGGCAUUAUUAAAUUCAUUUGUUUAAAAACUAGAAUAAAAUGAGGUUAUGCUGUGUUUUUAAACGCGGACGUUUCAUAAAAAACACAAACUCGACUUCUCUCGUGAUUUUUAUAGCCUCGUAAUCUCUAGCCAAACCAUAGUGCAGCUGGUCACUUUAAACUUCAGUUUUAUGUGCUGUACAGAUACAUUUUUAAAAAAAUGUCCCAUAUUAUUAACUGUCCUAAAACUCUACUCGAAUUAAGGCCAUAGUUUUUUGUAUUUUCUUUGAUUAAUGAAGUGUGCUUUUUCUGUCUGGGCUGCUGUGUGUUUCCCUGGGUUUGAGAGGCGAGUCGGUACCUUCAGUGUGAGGGCCGCUGGAGUACUGAGGACCGGGAUCCUCGCCACUCUUUCACUGCGUCCUGACCUCCUUGCUUUUGCCUCUUCUCUCUCUUUCUUUUCUCUUACCAGUCACUUGCUUACUGUUUGCCUUAGAACGUCCUAUUUUGGAAUAAACAAUGCCUAACCCUCA